AUGCAAUCUGCGCCUUCACAAACUCCCCCAAACGCGACUCCAGUAGCUCAACCCCAACUUCCCUCGCCUCCCUCCCAAUAUGGACUCUCAGACAUCCUGUAUGAUGCCUCUAAUGGCCUUCUCCCCGAGAAUAGCCCCAGAGUACCAGACUCUGCCAUCGAGGAUACCGAUGAUGCCUCCGUCAGUUCCAGCGGUACCCAACGCGGACGCUCGACCAACACCGGAUUGAGAGGCAGUCGUGACAAUUCUUCGCAAGAAGGAUCGCCUGGAAGUCGAAUUGACGAAUAUGAAAAGGCAAAUUCACAGCCAAGAAAGCUUUCUGAUGGAAUGAUAUUUCAGAUUGUCCCUUCAGCAAAGGGCAAGAUCGAUACUGUCUCUAUCGAGAUAUUCCCAAAUGAGGUGUUGACUCACAUUCUGUCUCACUUACCUCCAGAGACGUUGUCAUCCAUGAGUCUACUGUCGCGCAGGUUCCAUAAGCUGGUCACUACGCCAGCUCCAUGGCGGAUCGCGUUCGCACGAUAUUUUCCAGGCGCGGAGUCUGUUGGAGUUGAAGGUGGAAGUGCCACCCACGAGCCUUCGUCUGAUGUCGAGCGCGCACAGCGCAGAAGUUUCACUAGGCUAUCUGCACUUGCUUCGUGGAGAUCGGAAUACAUCUUGAGAACUCGACUCCUACGUUCUCUCGGCCGCGGACGACCAGCGAUGGAAGCUAUAUCCAGAUCAAGUGCUUCCCGACAUGCUAGUAGUGCUGCAGCCGCUGCAGUCAUUACCUAUGUAUCUGGCUUGAACUAUCCCGUUAGCCAUCUCCACGCUACCUUUGGCGUAGGCUUGAACAAGAAACAGCCACAGUUCAUGCAUGGUGCAGUAGAACAAGGCCUGGUUUCUGUCAGUGAACCAAGUACCGGCAAACCGGGCCAUUGGGGACUGACUGACUUUGAAGGAUUCAAGCAUUUUGCUGAUCAGUUUCCCGGCGAGCUGCCAUUUGGGCUUGGUUCCGGUAACGUUGUGGGUAUGCCUAAUGUGAUGGAUGUUAGUCAACAAUACGGCAGAGUCUAUGGAGAAGCUUGUCCUGGCGGUCGCCUAUUUUAUACAUCGACAAGCGAACAACGUGGGCGAUUCGUAGUCCAGUCCUCAAGCGCAGAUCACGCUCGUGGUAUUCCUGAGGUGAACCCUGGCUCUGCCAUUUGCUCGGUCUGGUUAGCAAAGUCUGAAAACAUCCUCAAAGCGACAAACGGGUUGGUCGGGUUUUUGGCUGGUUUUUCCAAUGGCGUGCUGGGUGCGUACGCACUGGGAGUCAAUCCUGUACAAGACCGUCGAUUUGAAAAGGGUGAGCCUACGGCUAAAUGGGUACUCUGUCCCGGUGUCCCGAUCACCGCCAUUUGCAUUGAUGAGAAAGUUUCCAAUCGUCGACUUGGAUCUGGGAGGAUUUGGGCAACGGUACUCAACGCUCUUGGAGAAGUCUUCUAUCUCACAGAAGCCCCGGCACGUCCAGACUUUGUUGGCAAGGCCUCGGCUCAAGACAUUGACCGACUAGCCUGGCAAACUGGAAGAAGCGUACGCUGGAACUUGGUGGAGGCGACUCGGCGUCGAGCGAAGCCCGAUCCCUUCGGGACGGUCCAGGUCGACGGGAGCUAUUCUCCGCGUAGUUCGAGUGAUGAUGCCGACUUAAGCACCGAUCAAAUCAUUGCAGAAACCAAAGAAAUCGAGAGGUUCUUCCUUCACAAGGCUAAGCACUACAAGUCUGUUUGUGAAGGCUGGGAUAUGCGGCGCAGACUUUUGGUAGAUUUUGGUGCGGAUGAUCAUCGAGGUGCCGGAGAAGCCAUCUUUGUGAUUGAAUGUGGGCUUGAUGAAGGUUCAAGGGCGUCCAUCCAACGUUUCAACCGAUGCAAAACGAAGCUCGCGGUCGAUUUCGAUCUUGAUGCUUGGCCGGCGAUACAAUCACCGGCGCCUCACAGUUCUAUCUUUGGAUCUGGAGGCACGCCAUCGCGUUGGGACACGGUGUCAUCACCAAUCUCAAGGAGUGUGCCACGCUCGCGGACAUCUAGCCAAGAUGACACAGUUGAUGUCAAGUUUAGGGAAGACUGGUAUACUUCACACUAUUCUUUUGGCGAGCAUCGCAAUACAGCCGUCUCGGCUUUGGCGUCAGACGAUACCGAAUUUGCCACGCUUGCGGCCACGGAGGACCCCCUUCUAGGUAUGUCUGGAGGAUCCAAUUCAUCAUCCCCUCUCGCAUCACCAUUGGGUCGGAUGGCAAUCCUAGGUACGGCUUCCGAGAUACCUGGACAUCGUGCUCGCCUAUUUGGUAUUGGUACAAUGUCUGGGAUAGUGAUACUGUGGGAUAUGCGUGCCAGUCUAUCUCCGAAUCCUGAUGUUGUCAACACAAUCCAGCCGGUUCGAACACUCUACACCAAAUCUCCUCAGAUCGCAUCACUGGCUCUAACCUCGCUCUACUUGGUGCAUGGUGGUAAUGACGGACUUGUACAAGCAUGGGACCCACUUGCAUCCACCAACGAGCCUAUCAGAACACUCAAUUCAAGGUUUUCCGACCGUGCUCGACGCAGGAUCGCUCAAGCAGAGGCUUCAAUCCAUGGCGUUGGUAACAAUUACUAUGCUGCUGGGGCUAUAGUCUUGGACCCUGACCCAACCGCCUUGCGUGGUAUGGCGUCUCUAGGGACCUAUUUGAGAUAUUGGUCGUACAGCUCAACUGCUGCUGAUGCGUAUAAGAGCAGGAAAAGAGGCCAGUUACGUCGACGAUCAGAAAGAGGGAGCAAUUCGACUCCUGCCAGUCAAAAGGUCAGUGCCACGGGUCGGGGAUUACUGAAAGACUACAUCAGUAAUGAGCACAUGGAGAUGGAACGAGAAAAAGUUGCGAGACGUAAAGAGAACGAACGCCUCACUGGCAGGUUUGGGACGAAUAUUCUGGGGGAGGGUGCGAGUGAGGAAGAACUACUGGCAUACGCCACGAUGCUCAGUGAAGAAGCCUUUCAAAGCGAAGGGCAAAACCGAAAGCCGGAGGAAUGGGGUCAUGCCUCACCUAAGUUAUCACUUCCAGUCAAUCGCGCCGGCAAUAACAACGCAGUGGAGACGGAUGCCGACCUCGAAGAAGCAAUCCGGUUGAGCUUACUCGACAGUGAACAGGCUUCGUCCUCACCUAUUGCAAAUGAUAUCCCUAUUCGCUAUGCCAAAAGCUCACGGCAUGGAACCCCUUCGCGCAAAUCUAAGCCCAGCAGCAGCAAGGCUCUAGCCGCGGGUGACGACGAAGACGACCUGGAAUUCGCUCUACGACUGAGCCUCGCAGAGGAGCAAAGUAGGAAGGCACUAGAUGACGAGUUUCCGGUGUUGGCCCCUUCAUCAAGCUCAGCCUCUGAAGGUCGUGGAAAGGGCAAGGGAAAGUCAAGACGUCGCUAG